CACUUCGUCGUCCUUUGGGUUGGCGGGUCUCUUGCAGAAAAUCCUCUCGCAUAUAUGUUUUCUGACUGCUAUUUCCCGCCAAGAUUCGAGCUUCCCAAACAAGUCGCCGAGCUCUGCUUUGAUUUCCGUGGAAUCCGAACCUGAACUUCCCAAAAUGCCAUCCACCAGGCACAAAUGCUCUGCGUGCUACAAGCAAUAUAAGAAACAGGAACACCUUGUUGAGCACAUGCUGUUGUCAUUCCACUCGGUGCAUCAACCAAGAUGUGGGGUCUGCGGAAAGCACUGCAAGUCUUUUGAAUCAUUGAGAGAACAUAUCACUGGUCCACUGGCAAAAGCAAAUUGUUCGACGGUUUUCUCUGAACGGGGUUGCAAUCUAUGCUUGAGACUCCUUGAUAGCAUCACUUCUCUCAAUGAGCAUAAGGAACUGUGUUGUUUUUCAGCACCAGCUCCUUUGGGGACGAUAAAAUUGCCAUAUGCAGUAUCUCAAAUUGAUGUGUCGGACUCAAAUGGUGAAAAUCUAAUUGAAAGAGGUCCUGAAGCAAUAGCUAUGGAUUGCGAAAUGGUCGGUGGUGGAAGUGAUGGAUCGUUGGAUCUUUGUGCUAGGGUGUGCCUCAUUGAUGAGAAUGAGAAGCUUCUUUUUCAUGCUUAUGUAGAGCCUCCAAUUUCCGUUACUAACUACAGAUAUGAAGUAACUGGACUAACGGAAGAACAUCUGAGAAAUGCAAUGCCACUUAAAGAAGUGCAAGAAAAAAUUUUGCAGAUUCUGUACAAUGGAGAAUCAAUUGGUAGAAUAAGAGUACUGUCAGACGGUGGAAAGGCCAGGCUUCUUGUGGGACAUAAUAUAGAGCAUGAUUUGGAUUGUCUGAGAAUGAAUUACCCUAAUCACCUGCUGAGGGAUACUGCAAAGUACCAUCCAUUGAUGAAAACAAAUCUGGUUAGCCACUCUCUCAAGUACCUUACCAGAACAUAUCUAGGGUAUGAUAUUCAGACUGGUUUUCACGACCCCUAUGAAGAUUGUGUGUCUGUAAUGAGACUCUACAAAAGAAUGCGUGACUUGGAACAUCAUAAAGAAAGCAUCGAGGGUUCAUUUGCUACUCACGGUUCCCAAAACCACUUCAACAAUUUCACUUCGUGGAACACCAAGGAACUCGAGAAGAUGACACCAGACGAGCUUUACCAACUGUCCAGAUCAAAUUACCGGUGUUGGUGCCUAGAUCAAGGCCAGAAUACAGAUAACAACUAGGUUUUCCUCCCUUCAACAAUGAGAAAUAUACGGCUUUCUGAAACUUAAAAGUUUUUGUUUUUGUUUUUUUUUGUUUUUUUAAUAUCAUUGGAAAAUGGUGUUUUCUUCUGACAUUGAUGCUUUGGUAUUCGGAGCCUUUUUGUAGUGAGUUUUUGUGCUGUGGGGGAAGAGCAUCUAUAUAUUUUCUUAACAACUAACAUAACGUGUAGAAAAUAUACUUCCACAUUCAAUAUUUAUGUAUCCUCUUUUCCUGAUAAAGCAAAAGAGGUAGAAACAUGCAAAGAUGAAACCAGUGCUUCAAAUUAGUAAAGCUUUAACAAUCGGUCCAAAAUAAGGCAAGAUUAUUAUAAUUUA